AUGACUGCCCAAAAGAAGUUUCCUCCACCCAAGCCCCUUCCUUCCAUCAAGGAUUAUGGUCCCAAUGCCAUUGAAGUCAAGGACCUUACCUUUGCCUACCAACACACCGGAAGUGCCAUGAUUGAUGCCAAUGCCCGCAACGUCUUGCAGGGAUUGAAUCUGACGCUCGAGACUGGAUCUCGUUGUCUAUUGAUUGGAGCCAAUGGAAGUGGAAAAUCGACCUUGAUGAGAAUUUUGGCCGGACGUCAUUUGACCAAACAAGAAGUCAAGGUAUUGGGAUUGAACUCUUUCAGAGAUACCAAAUUGAACUUUCACAGAGCUUACCUGGAUUGUGACUGGGGAAUGACAUCCAUUGCCUUUGUGGGAGCCUCGGUUCCACUCAUGGCCGACAUUCCCGUCCACGAAAUGAUGGAACGUUUGCAAAAUUCCUACCCCGAACGUCGGGACGAAUUGGUCGAAAUGCUGGGAAUUGACCUGAACUGGAGAAUGAACCAACUGUCAGAUGGCCAACGUCGUCGGGUCCAACUCAUGUUGGGACUCAUUCGUCCCUUUAAAGUAUUGUUGUUGGACGAAAUUACCACCAGUUUGGAUGUCUGCGUCCGACAAGAUCUACUCAAGUGGUUGACUCGCGAAUCCGACGAACGCAAGGCUACCAUUCUAUACGCCACGCACAUUUUCGAUGGCUUGGAUGACUGGGCCACCCAUCUCAUGUACUUGAACAAUGAAGGCAAAUGCGGAUGGCAAGGAAAGAUGCACGACCUCGAGGUCUAUCAAGAUUUGAAAAAGAAUAACCAUCCAGCGAAAAUGUUGGCCAUUGCCGAUCAUUGGUUGCGAAAAGAAUUGGAAGAGAACCGUCGUCUGCGCAAAUUUGAAAAGGCCGACAUGGCCCACAUGGAAAUUGAUCCUACCGAUCGACAGGGUGGCUUUGCCAGUGGCCGCAAUCUGGACACCACCAUUAAACCAGCCAAAAGUCGUCAAGGUCGUUUGAGCGACAUGAUGGGCAAUGCUGGAGCCUUGGAUAAGCAUAGCUAA